AAUCGGUAAUCUGUCAGUGAUUAGUAAUUUUGUUCGUGUGAGUUGUAAAAAGAAAAUCCCACAUAUAAGGAGGUUUUUUAUCCAAAAACCACCACGGAAGCAUCCGGGUACUAGGGCCUUCGCGCCCGGUCGCUCAAACCGUCGGGUCGACGAGCCGAGGGGGGAUCGGCGCGAGCACACCAACGACAAAUAGCCGCUGUUUGCUCCUGCGCACGCUUAGGUGCCGAUUCACCCACCGCUCGCACCAAAAGCCCGGUCAUGUUGAGAUCGGGCGCGAGGCACCCGGAUGCUGACGAGUGUCCGCCUGUCGCGUCCACGUCCGGACAAAGUCCGGAUGCGGCGCCGGACGUCCAGCAACUGUACGCUACGCUAAACGAGUACCUGCUUAUGGAGCAUAAGUUCCAGCCGAGAUUGUGCCUGCCCGCCGACUCUCAGAAUGGUGAGGUUACAACUGGUGCUCGAGAUGGUGCCGCUCACGUGUUGCGUUGUCUCAAAGUGUGGUUUGAUCUGCCCGCUAGUGUUCUUAUACACGCCAUCAACUUGUUCGAUAGAUUUUUGACCAAGAUGAAGGUGCGUCCGUGCCACGUUCCCUGUAUCACGGUGUCCUGCAUGAAUGUAGCCAUAGAUGAGCACGCGGAACUCACCAGGCAGCCGAGGAAUGUGCUAGUCGAGGAAUUGGUGUCAGUGUCCCAAUCAGCUUGUACAGCGGGGGACGUCGCCCGCAUGUCUCGCGUCAUAGUCGACAAGUUGGCGUUAGUGAAGGGAUGUCACAGUGUCACAGCUCUAGACUGGUUGCGUUUGCUGAGACAACUGGUUGUUUGUGCAGCGGAAGAACUGGAUGUGAACGCACCCAUAUGUCAGGAGAGUGAAUUAGUGAAUCUGUUGGAGAUAGUAGUCUGUGACGCAUCUUGUGCUAACGCUCGAACUAGCGAGUUAGCUCUAGUGCUUAUAUACCAUCAACUAGAGCAGCAAAUGGUGGAAUGGUCCCGUAGGGAAGGUAACCCGGUACCGGAGUCCGCAUAUCAUCUGUACGACUACGCUGCACAAUUACAAGCGCACUGUCAAAUGGCGGACGCGUCGCUAGUGUGGUGCCGUAAUCGCGUACGCGCCGUUAUAUCUCGGUACGAGGGCAGGUGCGCCGCGUUACAUAAACAGCCGCUAGUGUGGAGACUGUCGGAGCGUACGCUAAAGGUGUUGCGGCCGACCGAUCGUCUCACUUCACUACUACCCACUAUAGAGGAGCAACAUCUCGUCGACAACUCACCGCCCAGGAAACGUUCGGGCAGUGAGAGUGGGGAUUCUGUCGAUAUGUCUGAUUGGCCGAGAAGCCCUAUACUACCAGUUUACUGUGACCACUGAACCGUUCAAGCACAAACUCAACAUAAAGAACUUUAGUUUGUAUAUAAAUAAGUGUUGGGAGAAUAAGAAGUGUAAUCACAAACACCUAGACUCGAGGCAAAAUAAUGUGUGUACGAUCAUAUUUUAUGAUCGAUUUAAAGAAAUUUGGCCUUGGCCUAAUUGUCUAAUUUCAAAACUUAUCACAAUCCAUUUCAAACGUAUAGCGGUUGUGAUAGAAAAAACACGAAACGAUAAAAAUAUCAUAGACAAUUAAUUUCUUUUGACAUUUCUGAAGAGCUUUCGAAGAUAUUUGUAACUAUCAGUUUGCUUAAUUCAUUAUUUUUCUUUUAUUAAUGGCUUAUAUGCGUAUUUCGCACGAUUUUGCUAAUGUUAAGUGCAUAAAAAACAUUAUCUUUGAAAAAAAAAUAGCAAUUGCUGUCACUAGUAAAUUAGUUGUACCGUGAAGUUCUUGGAUAUCUUUAAAAUGUCAAAUCCAGUGAUCGUAAUAGAUAUUAUAAUUAAGCAAUUGGGCCAUAGGUCUCAAAAAUAAUAAAUUAUAUAGGUAUUAUAAAUUGAAUAUAAACUUUUAUAUAAAUUAUACAUAUGAAUUCAGUAGAAUAUGUACAUAUCUGGGUUCACUUAACGGUUUUGUCUCGAGUCUGGGCGUUAGUGGUAUGUGACGUUUCUAAUUUCCAUGGCACGUGUGUUUCUUUUAAAGAUCAGUGAUUUAUAUACUUAAAAUCGAAGGAAAACUACUUAUAUAAAAAAAUCUGUGAAACUGUUAGUUCUUCGCUUAUCGAGAGCAGCUAUUAACACCCACUUACAAUUUUGUGAUCCUAAUUUUGAAAUCAGUCAAAAUUCCGUGAUCAGAUACGAAUGUUUUAAAUGUAUAUUUGUUCCAUAGACUACUUCAAGUUCUUAUUCUAUAUACAUUUUGGUUAGAAGAGAGAAUUAGAGUCGGUGGGCUUAAAAUAACUUAUUUUGGUUUAAUACCAAUUACUACUUAAGUUAAUGUGACAAAAAAAAAUAAAAAAGGUGCAAUUUUUUCAAAAAAAAAUAAUAAUAACGAAAGUUAAAAAAAAUAUUCUCGAACAUUUAUUUUUAAGGUUUUUAGAUUUAAUUAAACGAUGUACGGAUGGGAGAGGUUGCUAAAAAUUAAAUUUCUACUAAAAUGGUAGUUCAUGGUAGUUUUUUGUGAGUUCUCCCAUUCUCUGUAUAUCGAGUUUGGGUGAUGAUUACAUCGUAUUCAGCCCUAGUAUGUAUUUUUAUCAUUAGUAUGUCGUUUAUGUUGCUUCGGUCGUUUUCUAUCGCGUUUAAUCGCAAUCGGUAUUGACUUGAACUGAUUUUUCUACUUUUUUUUGACUAAAUUAAAAAAAAUAUAUUUAAAAACAUAUUUGUAUAUGCAUUUAAUUUAUGAAGUAAUGAAAAUUGUUGCGAUUAAAUGGGAUAUUUUAACGCCAAAAGGGCAUUGUUUCUUCCCGAUAUGUUUUUUAUCAUAAUUUAUCAUUAUCACUGAAGCUUUAUUAAUUGUAUUUUAAAUUAAUUUUACUAAGAGUAAUCUUUUUAUUAUGGUAGGAAGGAACGGUGUGCUUAUUGUACACGCAAGUUUAGUUUUUAUAUUCCCCGUGUAAGCUAAAUUAAAAAAAAAUAAAAAAGAUUCCAUUGUGUAGCAUUGUAAGUUUUCCCUUUACCUGUAUAAAUAAAAAAAAAAAACUUUCAUAGAAACGCAAAUGUUGAAUGGCUAUUCCACCGAUUUUUGUAUGAAGUACAUAGUAUCAAUAACAUAAGUAUUAAUGUAACUUUUUUAAUUUAAAAUAUUUUUUUUUCACGUCCUUUAUACUCUAUGACUAAACCCUUCGUGGGUUUUUUUCAAAAUCCCAUAUUUGUUUUAUUAAGAAUUUGUCUUAAUAAUAAACAUUUUUUGGCAUUACAAUCAUUUUUAUUUUAGAUUUAACACGGAAAUUCGAUACUUAGAUUAAUAUAUAAUUAAUAGAAUAUAAAUAAAUAAAUGACACAAAAAAAAUACAAAUGUUUUUGAGAAAAAAAAAUAAAAUAAAAAAAAAUGAUCUCAGUAUUUUCAUAUAGACGAAUAAUAACCAAUAAAAAGAAUACAAAUAUUUUUCAAAUGUACGUAUGAAUCUUUUCUAAUUGUCGAGUGAAGUGUGUGUGUUUUCAUUACUUUUUCUAUUUGAACGCAGAGUUUCAUCUUUUUUGUUGGCAAUUCAUCAAUUAGUGUCACACUUUUGGAACUGUUUUUUUUUAUGAAUAAUAAAGGUGUGUGUUCAAAUGAUAGAAAAAAAAAUACUGUGAUAAUUUAUCUUGAAUGCCAUCUCAUAAUGUCAUGAAAUAUUUUUGUGAAAUAAUGUUUUUAACGCUCAGACGCGUUUAGGACAGUUUUUAUUAGCAAAAUUUACUAAAAUUGGUGAAUUUGUUUAUAAAAUAAGAUAUAAUAUCGAUUUAUCUAAAUAAAUUAUAAAUUGUCGAAUUUUGUAACUUUAACCUCUUAUUACAAUAGCACAGGCAGUUUGCUGUACAAAAAAUCUAGUAAUAAAAUACAAAUGCAUUUUAUUCUGUUAAUAGUUUUGCUUUUUUUAUUUAAAAAUAUUGUUUCCAUAUGAUAUAUUAGUUUUUUUUGUAUGUCACCGACCAAAACCAUGUUUUUUUUUUUAAAAAAAAGGUUCCGUAAUGCUCUUAAACAAAUGUAAAUGACAAUCUUCCUAUUUUCAAAUAUUUGUCUAUGGUAGUAAAACUUCUGUAGUUUUUGGCAGCAAAUUGUCAAUAUCACUUGCAUUUACCUAGUGUGCCGCGAAGUGUGUAUUGUAAAAACCUGUAUUUUAAUACAGAUCUAUUAAAAAAAAGUCUGCUUGUAUGUAUGUGUGGAAAAAUGAAAUCUCGAAUCUAAGAGAAUAAAAAGUCAGACUACUUUUAUAUGGUGUUUUAUUUUCUAUUUUGCCGUACCUAAUCGUAGAUAUAAUUAAAAAGGGUAUUUGACACUAUUCAAAAAAGUUGCGUCUUGU